AAAAAGAUCACACUUUUUGACAUUUAAAAAAAGUUGUUCAAAAUUUGACAGUGUCUCAGUAACAAAGUGUAAGGCAAAUUUGUAUUUAAUUUAAUAAAUAUUCCGUUCGGUAGAUGGAAAGCUAUGGUUACGCCUACCCACCGUCGUUUCCGCCCAUGGGACCCACUGAAGGUGCCUUCCCGGACCAUGGGGAUGGUUUCGGCGACUAUUAUGGUUUGUCUUCCAUGACCGAGGAACGGGAUAUCAGCAGAAGGCGCAGUCGUUCAAGGCAUCGUGCGAACAAUCGCCGCACCAAACGCCCCCGAAGCCCGACAACGAGUCUUAACAAAACUCGCACUAGAUCCAGGAGUCGGUCGAGGUCAAAGAGUCGCAGUCGCACGCGCAGUCGUAGUCGCAGUCGUACUCGGUCGAGGUCGAGGUCGGGCAGUCGACGACGGAAGCAUAGCUACAGGGAACCUGGACUGCUGGAUUCGUUUAGAGUUCUAUAUCUGACGCCGAGCAAACACAAGAAGAGCACGACAAAAUACUUAGCCACGAAGAAGCGGCAAGACCGUAUCCAGGAGCUUCUGAAGAGUGAUGGUUUAGGAUCCAAGAAAUGGCUGUUCUACCCACGGCCUGAGGUUACGAGGAACCAGAGCGAGCCGCCUGAAGCCCGUGAAGUAACUGAGCCCAGGGACAGCUGUGACCAGAGGGUGAAGAUUGAUGGAGAGUUCUUCAGGAAGUACAAGAGACGCAGCAAAGUGGACAGCGACGCGCCCAUCGCCAAACUGAAGAGGUGGGAACUGAUAUUAUAUAAGAAAUUAGGGUUCAUACAGGCCAUUUGAUGUUUUGUUGGUUAUAAUACAAAGUUAUUUUGACAAGUGAUGUCUAUGAGUUUCUUACCCUGUUUCGUUUUCGGUUUGAAUUCUAAUGGGGGUGUUUUUUUCUUGGAUUUGAUUAUGAUUAUCGCAAAUAUUUGUUCCGCCUGAGUCAUGAUUGUAUUAUUUAUUUAUAAUUUAACUGUUACAUAGUAUAACAUAAAAUAAAGUUUGUUUUGG